AUUCCACACACGUAGAGGCAACCCAAGCAACAUCCCUUUCUAUGGUUUCCAUUCAUUCCUAAUUCAAUUUUGAUUUUUCUCUCUCUCCCAUAAAAUCACACUCCUAACAAAUUUUACAUUUCUUUUCCAACCUGCACCAACCCUAUAAUCUUCAAGAUAUUGGAAAAUUCAAGCAUAAGAAAACCUGAAAUUGAAUUGCAGAACCUCUAAUGGCUUUAACAUCAACAAACCCUUUACUCUCCUUUAACUUUUUUGGCACCAAAAUUUUAAUUUCUCCUCCUACACCCAAAACAGUUCCAAGAAAAUUCCGAGUACAAGAUUCGAUUUUUAACAAGAAUUCAAAAUCUUUGAAGAAUGUUCAAUCACAUGCCACUUUAGCUGCUUUACUGUUUUCUUCGAUUACUCCCCAAGCAUUGGCAGUAGAUAACGCCACCCCACCUGCGGCUUCGCCGCCAGUGCUUCAAUCUGAGGCACCCAAGCCUGGUCCGUCGUCUCCCUUUUCACAGAAUCUUGUUUUGACGGCCCCAAAGCCACAGGCCCAGUCGACUUCUGACCUCCCUGAGGGAUCCAAUUGGCGUUAUAGUGAGUUCCUGAAUGCAGUCAAGAAGGGUAAGGUUGAGAGGGUGAGGUUCAGCAAAGACGGAAGUACCCUUCAGCUUACAGCAGUGGAUGGCCACAGGGCUUCUGUGAUUCUGCCCAAUGACCCGGAUUUAAUUGACAUUUUGGCGAUGAAUGGUGUUGAUAUUUCUGUUUCUGAGGGUGAUUCAGGAAAUGGGUUGUUUAAUUUUAUUGGAAAUCUGAUCUUCCCAUUCCUUGCCUUUGCUGGGCUUUUCUUUCUGUUCAGGAGGGCACAGGGUGGUCCAGGUGGGCCUGGAGGUCUAGGAGGGCCGAUGGAUUUCGGCAGGUCGAAAUCUAAGUUCCAGGAGGUGCCGGAGACUGGUAUCACGUUUGCUGAUGUGGCUGGGGCUGAUCAAGCAAAGUUGGAGUUGCAAGAAGUGGUUGAUUUCUUGAAAAAUCCUGAUAAAUACACUGCUUUGGGCGCAAAAAUCCCGAAAGGGUGUCUUCUGGUUGGUCCUCCUGGUACUGGGAAAACCCUUUUAGCCAGGGCAGUUGCUGGUGAGGCUGGGGUGCCAUUCUUUUCGUGUGCAGCCUCAGAGUUUGUGGAAUUGUUUGUAGGUGUAGGAGCUUCAAGAGUGAGGGAUUUGUUUGAAAAGGCCAAAUCGAAAGCACCUUGCAUUGUGUUCAUUGAUGAGAUUGAUGCAGUGGGGAGGCAGAGAGGGGCAGGACUUGGAGGUGGGAAUGAUGAGAGAGAGCAGACCAUUAAUCAGCUCUUGACUGAAAUGGAUGGAUUUUCAGGGAAUUCAGGUGUUAUAGUGUUGGCUGCAACGAACAGACCGGAUGUUCUAGAUGCAGCAUUAUUAAGGCCUGGAAGGUUUGAUCGACAGGUCACUGUGGAUCGGCCUGAUGUUGCUGGUAGAGUCAAGAUUCUUCAGGUUAGCCAGCUAUAUUCCCCGAAUACCUAUAUUGAUAUCAUUGGUGAUGGCGGAUUUGCCAUUGGUGGACCUGGUGGAAAUCCCUUCCUCGGUCAACAGAUGUCUACCCAGAAAGACUACUCGAUGGCAACUGCUGAUGUUGUCGAUGCAGAAGUGAGAGAGUUGGUAGACACAGCAUAUACAAGGGCCAAACAAAUAGUCACAAAGCACAUUGACAUUCUACACAAGCUUGCUCAACUGCUAAUCGAGAAAGAAACUGUCGAUGGAGAAGAGUUCAUGAGCCUUUUCAUUGAUGGGAAAGCUGAACUGUACAUUGCUUAAUCAAUCAUAGUUUGACAACUUGAAAGAAUCAUAUUUUGAAAUCUCAAUAGUGUUGUAUAUUAUUUUCUACAUUUCAAUGUAUGCAUUGAGAAAGUGAGUGAUUAUUAGACAAGUUUGAGUGGAAAAGAAUUGCAUGAAUACAACAUACAUAUUCGAGUUAAAUGUAUUUAUUUUACCCUCUUUAAAAUACACGUCUUGGAAGGUAAAAAGAAUAGUGUUGUGUGUACA